CUUCCGGCCUGUCCUUUCUCUUCUCCUUUCCUCCGCCAUCGUGCGCUCUGCGCCUGAUUCAGAUCCUCGCCAUGUCUUCUCACAAGACUUUCAGAAUCAAGCGAUUCCUGGCAAAGAAACAAAAGCAAAAUCGUCCUAUUCCUCAAUGGAUUCGGAUGAAAACUGGUAACAAAAUCAGGUACAACUCUAAGAGAAGACACUGGAGGAGAACGAAGCUGGGUCUAUAAGGAGUCACACUACGGCCAGACUGAGGAUUUCUACUGAAUCACCGUCAUCGAUCAGUCCGACCAGAUGGAUUUCAACAUUUUUAACCUAGAGAUUUACUUGUGUCUGAACUAAUUUGUCCAGUAAUAAAAUUUAGAACCUUUCAAACUGA